AUGGGCAAUUCCAGCGGCAAGCCCGUCGUCUUCACCGACGAAGUGAGCCUCGACCACUUUCGACUGCUCCGCGUAGUUGGCAAGGGCGCGUUUGGCAAGGUCCGCAUCGUUGAGCGAAAGGACACCGGCCUGACCUUUGCCCUCAAGUACAUCCGCAAAGAUGAAGUGGUCCGCAGCGAGAGCGUGCGGAACAUGAUUCGAGAGCGACGGAUGCUGGAACAUCUCAACCACCCCUUCCUGUGCAAUUUGCGAUAUAGUUUCCAGGACGUCGAAUAUCUGUACAUUGUCGUCGACCUGAUGACGGGCGGUGACUUGCGCUUCCACAUCUCUCGCAAGUCCUUUACCGAAGAGGCAGUUCGCUUUUGGAUUUCACAACUUGGCUGCGCUCUACGCUACAUUCACAAGCAAAACAUCGUCCACCGCGACGUCAAGCCCGACAACGUGCUACUCGAUUCCGACGGCCAUGUCCAUCUGGCUGAUUUCAACGUCGCGACAGACCUCACACCCGGCAAGCCCCUAACCAGUAGAUCGGGCACAUUAGCCUACCUCGCGCCCGAGGUCUAUCGUGGCAAAGGCUACGGUGCAGAAUGCGACUGGUGGUCACUCGGCGUGCUCUUCUAUGAGUGUAUCUAUAGCAAGCGACCUUUCGAAGGACACCAUCACGACCAACUCAUCCAAGCCAUUGUCAAGGGCGAACCAAACUUUCCCGUGACCAACCCUCCCGUAUCCAUGGUCUGCAUGCACGCCAUCAGCUCGCUACUGGAGAAAGAUAAGCUACAAAGAAUCGGCGCAAGCAGCUGGAACAGUUUCACCGACAACCCCUUCUUCCGCGAGCUGGACUUUGAAGCCCUCGAGCGCAAAGAGAUCGAACCCAUCUUCAAGCCGUCCAGUGAAAAGACAAACUUUGAUGCCACAUACGACCUGGAGGAACUACUGCUCGAGGAGGCACCAUUGGAAGCGCGUACAAGAAAACAGAAGCCACGUCCAGAGCUACGAGCUGAUGCUACAGAGGCCGAGAUCCGUGCCGACGAGCUGCAUCGCAUGAUCGAAACCCUGUUCGAGCCCUUCAACUACUUGACCGUCCCAGAAUCCAGGUGCGACUCUCCAUCAAGCGACGUCUCUGCUCCACCCAGACUGAUGCAAGCCAGGAACCCCGUCAGCGUUGGUGGCGAUUCUCCCGUCACUACAAAGUCUGACACUAACGACAAUCAUGCCCCGCAAGACCUGCACAAGGUCCGUUCAAUACCCACUCCUCAUGCCUCGACCCCAAAUUCCGUCUCCCGCGCUCGCUCUGCAACACAAUCUCCCAAUGGCUCUCCUCCGCUCCCGACUCACCAUGCUCAGAAUCCCCCACCCGCACACUCAGAGUACUUUGCGAACCAACAACAGAGAAAUCCUCGCGGCAUUCGCUACGAAGAGAUGCCUCCCCCCGGACCUCCUCCAACUUCUCACCCACAACAAGCUAUCAACAAGGCUCACCGUCCUCGCGGAAGUACCAGAAGCACCUCUAUGAGCGGCGGCGUUCAAGUCGUGCUGAAUGAAACCGGUAGCUGGAGUGAAAUGGCCAAUCAGAGUCAGGGCCUCGUCCAGCCCAACGAAGACCGCAAACCUGCGGGUAUGCUCGGUUUUCUCAGUCGCAAAAAAGGCAGAGACCGAAGCCCUAAAGCAAAAGAGCGCGAACGUGGUGUCUUGGGCAAAGAAGGUGCAAGAGUUGUUGUCGGAAGCUGA